CCUGUGUACAUGUGUACGCGUGUCCUCGGUAGAAAUAGUUGAUGACGCCGUGUGUUAGUAAUAUCGUGUGUCGCAAAAUAUAACCUCACAAUAAAAUGCUCCAAUCCUUAUCGGUAUCAUUAAAGGUCUCGUUCUUGAGAAGAAUUUGAUUUUACACUGUCGUGUUGGUCUAAGGACGCUCCGGCGUGCACGUUACACCAUGAAAGUUAUCGUGAAGAAGCUUCAAGGGAAAGAAUGCGUUGUUGACAUUACACCUUCAGACACAGUUCUUCAGUUAAAACAUAAAGUCAGUGACCUCUUGGGCAUAGAUGUUCCUCAUCAGAGACUGUUGCUUACGGGCAAGACAUUAGCUGAUGAAAACCCAUUGAGUUUCUAUCCAGGAAUCAAGGAUGGGAGCAAGUUAAAUCUUUUGGUUAUUAAAAAGGCAGAGGAAGGGUCUAGUGAGGGAAGAGCUUCACACAGCAAAUCUGGCAUAUAUAUCUUACGAGAUGAAGUUUCUAGAGUUCUGAGGCAUUAUUACACAGAGUCAGAAACUGAGUCGAUAACCAAUGAGUUGAUAAAAGACCUAAAGAAUAAAGUGAAUAACCUUAGUUACGAUGAUCUAGAACGAUUAGCGACUGCACUUCUCCAGGACCAAGAGAAUAUAGCCUAAGAAUAAAAUUUCGGUUUUUCAACUUCUCUCGCUUAUUAUUUGAUUAUUGUAAUACACUUUUAUUUAAUUAGAAAAAAACGUUGCCUCAUUAUAUCCUGAUAACCAGUAGUAUAUUUUAAAUAAUCGUAAAUAAUAAGACGUGUGAAGAGCAAGAUAUAGAUGUAUUAAAAGGUCGAUUUUAUUAAAUUUAUUAAAACGUACAUAAAGUAUAGUAAUAAUAACUGCAGUUUAAUAAAAAAAAAAUAGAUCAAAGGUCUCAAGGAUCGGCCAAGUCCAAUUGGCGAAAGUAUCGCGCAACUAGGCAUAUAAAUAAAUUCAGUGCCCCUAUUUCAUGUACUUCCAGUUUCUUCUAAAAAAAUAAAUAGAAAAAAGGGAAGAAGCGGAUAAAGUUAAGAUCAAUAAGGAGGGGGCCUCAACUUUGUGUAUCUGAUUUUAAUGAAAUUUUGGGGCCUGUAAUAAAUUCUUUUUUCUGUGUUCACUGAUAACAUUAAAUACAAAAAUAAUAAAUUCAACAAAGAGUGAAAAUGUUGAAAACAGAUGUUCAUAUUAGUUUUUAUGCAAUGUAUUAAAUAUAAAUUAUUCACUUUAUGGCAAGUACUAUCCUAAAAUUUUUAUAAUAAUAUUAAUAAUUAAUUUAGAAGUAUGUAUUUAAGAUAUGCAGAUUCAGAAUUUUCAUUUAAAUCGACACUGGAGUUGGGGUUCUCUCCUUAUUAUAAGAUACGUUAUCUACAAAACAAUUAGUAAACGAUUUAUAUGUUUUCUUUUAAUACAAAUGAUAAUUGUAUCUUUCUUUUUAGACUACUUCUUUAACUCACUCUCUGAUUUAUGUCAAUGGCAAAUUUAAUAUACGCAAUAAAACUGAUUUGUUAAAAAAUAAA